GUACAUUGUGGCGCCAACUUUCAAGCCGCGUCGGUGACUGCAGCCACCGAAAAAGUUCGCCUCUCGCUGCAAUCGAUUGGAAAGAUGCUUUUCAGUCAGGUUAGCGAAAUGAUCAACCAUGAUCUUAGCAACGGUCUUCCUCCCAAUCUUGCUGCCGACGAUCCAAGCGUGUCCUUUUGUCUUAAAGGUCUCGAUGCCAACACUGCUGCUUACACAUCCGAACUCGGGUUUCUUGCUAAUCCAGUAAGCAACCACGUCCAAUCUGCCGAGAUGCACAAUCAGUCUAUCAAUUCUUUGGGUUUGCUUUCUGCACGACAGACAUUUGCCGCUAUCGAAUGUCUCUCUAUGAUCGUUGCCAACGCUCUCUACACAGCUUGCCAG